GAUGUCUAAUCAUCCAUAUAGCAAUGCCCCCCCUCCUCAACCUUUGGCCACAACUUAGGCUCCUAAAUUUGGUCAACCAGCCCUAUAACAACCAGUUCCCUAGGUAGUAUUGUAUUUUCAUAGUAGUAUGCCGUCCCAAUGCAAUAAUCACCAAUCCGAUAAUCAUAUAUCCAACCUGUUCAAUAUGCUCCUGCUCCUUAACAAGUCUAAUAUGUUUAACAACCAGUCUAAUACGUUUAAUAACCAGUCUAAUAAGUCUAAUACGUUUAAUAACCAGUCUAACAAGUUUAAGUGUAAUAAGUUUAAGUACAUAAUUUUAUGAUAUACAAUUUAGCAUCAAUCAAUCAAAGGAGAGUCAAGAAUUGAGUAUGUCCCUUAUUAAAAGGCUGUGGUUGAAUAUGAAGAAUAAGAAGUUGUUCAAUACGUCCCAAGAGAGAGAAAGGUGACAGAUUAUUAUGCUGUUGAGUACUAAACCGAAUAUGUUCCUUAAGUGUUUUAAGAGAAAUACACAGGUAUUCCUAUAUUAAAUAUUAAAGAAUAUGUGCCCGUUGAUAGAUAUCAAGAGAGAGUAGAGUAUUAUCCAGUUGAGAGAUAAGUUGUCCAUCAAUAAGUUUAACCUGUUUAAUAACAAGUCUAAGUUGUCUAACAACCAGUCUAAGUUGUCUAAUAACCAGUCUAAGUUGUUUAAUAACCAGUCUAAGUUGUCUAAUAAUCAGUUUAUUAAUAACCAGCCUAUCAAUAACAAGUUUACUAAUAACCAGUUUAUUAAUAACAAGUUUAUUAAUAACCAGUCUAGUAUGUUUAAUAGCCUGUUUCUUAUGCUUAACCAUUGGUGGCUUCUAGAGUUGUUCCUUAAGGCUUUGCACCCACAUAUGCUCCUUAAUAUGCUUAAUAAUACCAACCAUAACAAAUUGCUUAACAACCAAAGCCCUAAUAAUAAUAAUAAUAGGCACCAAGAUCUAAUAUUGGCCCACAAUGAAC